GAGGUGUGUGUGCUCAGAGGGAGACGAGGCAUUAGUCCAUCUCUCUCUUUCUUGCUUUCUUUCAUUGAUAUUCUAUCUCUCCGACCCUGCCUUGCAUUUGGAUUUCCUUGAUAUAUAUAUAUAUAUAUACAUAUAAAAGCCGAAAGGUAUUUUUUAAUUUUGAGGGAAAGGAUUAGAGGUGGGGAGGGAGAGAAAAAAAAAAAUGAUAGGAAAAGUAGCAGCAUCGGGGAUAUCCUUGAUUCUUGUAGUCGGGGUGGCCCUUGCGGUGGUGGCCGUGGUUCACAAUGGCAAACAUGGUGGUGAUGAUGGUGUCUCAUCCUCCUCCAAGAUGGUGAAUACCUUGUGUUCCCAUACGGAUUACAAAGGCGCAUGCCAGCAAAGCCUGGAGGCCGUGGCUAAGAACUCCAGCGCGGAUUACAAGGAUUAUAUCAAGGCCGUUUUGGAGGCCACUGCCAACCAGGUGAGCAAAUCCUUGAACUUAUCUCAGUCUCUGCUGGUGGAUGCAAAAGACAACCCCCGUUUGAAGAUGUCCCUCGAGGACUGCAAGGACAUGUUGGAUCUGGCCGUCGAUCAGCUCCAAGCCUCUUUUUCCAUGGUUGGAGAUAAGGAUAUGCACACACUCAAUGACCGUUCCGAUGAGCUCAAGAGCUGGCUGAGCUCCGUCGUUACCUAUGCCGAGACAUGCCUUGAUGGAGUUCCUGAGCCCAAAAUUCAGGAGAACAUGAGGGAAACUCUUAGAAAUGCGUCUGCUCUUACGGACAAUGCACUGGCUAUUAUUUCGGAGCUGAGCAAGGUCCUCGAGGCCUUCGGUUUGAAACUGGACCCCAAGGCACUCAACUCUGGUGGACGCCGCCUUCUGGGCACGACGGAGGUGGGUGCCGAUGGGUUCCCCACUUGGUUCUCUGCAGCCGAUAGGAAGCUUAUGGCAGCUGCUGGCAGGGCAGCAGGGGUCAAGCCCAAUGUGGUAGUUGCCAAGGAUGGCAGCGGCAAUUUCAAUACCAUUAGUGCUGCCCUCAAAGCCUACCCUAAGAACCAAAAAGGCCGAUAUAUCAUCUACGUCAAGGCCGGAGUGUACGACGAGUACAUCACCGUCGAGAAGAACAUGGCCAACAUCUUCAUGUACGGAGAUGGCCCAAGAAAGACCAUCGUCACUGGCAACAAGAGCAACCGCGGAGGAUUCUCCACCUUCAGGACGGCCAGUUUUUCCGCUAUUGGACCUGGAUUCAUCUGCAAAUCCAUGGGAUUCCGUAACACAGCAGGUCCCGAUGGACACCAGGCGGUGGCACUGCGUGUCCAAUCGGAGAUGUCGGCCUUCUUCAACUGCAGAAUGGACGCCUACCAGGACACGUUGUACGUGCAAGCGGGACGUCAAUUCUACAGGAACUGCGUGAUAUCUGGGACCAUAGACUUCAUAUUCGGUGACUCGACCGCCGUGAUCCAGAACUGCAAGAUCAUAGUGAGGAAACCCAUGGACAACCAACUCAACACCGUGACUGCACAAGGAAGAUCCAAAUCCCACGAGACAACAGGGCUGGUGAUCCACAACUGCAACAUCGUGCCAGAGGCGAAACUGUUCCCUAUGAGAUUCAAGAUCCAAACAUACUUGGGGAGGCCGUGGAAGGAGUUUUCCAGGACCGUGAUCAUGGAGUCCACUCUGGCAGACUUUGUCAACCCGGAUGGUUGGUACCCAUGGGCCGGCAACUUCGCCCUCGACACCCUCUACUAUGCCGAGUAUGCCAACCGCGGUCCCGGUGCUGCCACCACCAGGAGGAUCAAGUGGAAGGGCUUCAGGGUCAUCGGCAGGAAUGAGGCUCUUCAAUUCACUGUCGGACGCUUCAUUGGAGGAGACGGGUGGAUUAAGUACACUGGAAUUCCCUACCUCGCUGGCCUCAAGCGGUGAUCUGCAUCAUCAUCAUCAUCAUUAUUACUAUUAUUAGUAUUGUUAAUCAAUUCAACUCGAAUUCAUUCAUUCAAUAUUCAUUCAUUCAUUAACCCCCUCCUGAUGAUGAUGAUGGUGACGACGAUGAUGAUUUGGUGAUGAAAAUUAAAAAUGAUGCGUGACAACAUUAGUCCCGACUCUGAGAGUGAUGGAAGGGAUGAUCCAUCAUCAAUUUUCAGAUUAUUUCUUUUCUACUUUUAUUAUGUAACCCGAAAAAAAAAAAAAAUUAAUUGCCAAUCGAUGGGGGUGGCAAAGUUGGCUCUUGAUGGAUUAAUUUAACGUCCCAACAUUAACAGAAAAGAAAUAUAUAUAUAUAUAUAUAUAUAUCAUGUAUUGCUGACUAGUGUAAAAUAUUUUAUUAUGCGUACGUGUGAAAAAUUAAUCAUCUGAUGGAUCGAUCUGUGCCACUUCAUCAACCCAUGACUGUUAGUUUUUUGUUCGCAUAGGCUGCUCUUUCCUUUGUUAAUUACUGUCUGAGAGAAGAGAUAGUUUGGAGUCCCUUACACCAAUUAAUUAAUAAAACACUGCAACUUUUCCCUC